GGGGGAAGUGCGCGGGACCUGAGCCGGUGGCGGCAAGGGAACUGUACCUGGUUGCUUUCCUGAGCAAAUGCAGCCUUCCGUGGUGGAGUUCAACAUUUUGGCGUGAACCAGCCACCCGAAUAACAAGGGCAUAGGACUUUUCAUCUCUAAGGAAAUUUUUUUAUUAAACAAAAGUCUAAAUCAUAAGGCUCUCUUUAAAUGACCAGAAGUAUGUUUGGCGCUUAGGGAGUGAAUUUGGAAGUUUCAUAUCAGUUUCCCAAGACUUUACUGCUGAGCCUGUGCACGUGUGUGUAAGGGGGGAAAUUCAGGCAUCUGGAUGCAGACUUACAUCCAGAUAUUCCAGGCCGUGUCUGCUCAGCCUGAACCUGAACUCAGGGCGCUCAGUCCGGAGCCCUGAUCUGUGAACAGGAUAUUAAAUUUUUUUAGUAGAAUUGAUUGGAGUACUUGAACCAGCGGCAUACUGAAAGGAACUCCAGAUAUUUCAUUUUUAAAGAAACUCUAAAUGUGUGAGAAAUUUACAGAAUGGAAAAUGAAAAGGAAAACCUCUUUUUUGAGCCACAUAAAAAGGUACUAAUGAAAACACCUCUGAAAGAGUCCACAACCCCAAAUAUAGUGUUGGCCGAGAUCCAGCCCGACUUUGGCCCUUUAACAACGCCCACCAAGCCCAAGGAAAUCUCUCCAGGGGAACCGUGGACACCAACAGCCAACCUGAAAAUGCUCAUCAGUGCUGUGAGCCCCGAGAUCCGCAGUAGAGAUCAGAAAAGGGGGCUGUUUGAUAACAGAAGUGGACUGCCUGAGGCCAAAGACUGUUUACACGAACACUUAUCUGGAGAUGAAUAUGAGAAAUCUCAACCUAGUCGGAAAGAGAAAAGCUUAGGAUUGUUGUGUCAUAAGUUCUUAGCUCGAUACCCUAACUAUCCCAACCCUGCCGUGAAUAAUGACAUCUGUCUGGACGAAGUAGCAGAAGAACUUAAUGUUGAGCGUCGACGCAUUUACGAUAUUGUGAAUGUCCUGGAGAGUUUGCACAUGGUGAGCCGCCUCGCCAAAAACAGAUACACCUGGCACGGGCGACAUAAUCUCAACAAAACGCUUGGGACUUUGAAGAGUGUCGGGGAGGAGAACAAAUACGCCGAGCAAAUCAUGAUGAUCAAAAAGAAAGAAUAUGAACAAGAGUUUGAUUUUAUUAAAAGUUACAGUAUAGAGGAUCAUAUCAUCAAAUCAAACACUGGCCAAAAUGGACACGCAGACAUGUGUUUUGUCGAACUCCCCGGAGUGGAAUUUCGGGCAGCUUCUGUAAACAGCCGCAAAGACAAGUCUUUAAGAGUGAUGAGCCAGAAAUUUGUGAUGCUGUUUUUGGUGUCAACGCCUCAGAUAGUAAGCCUAGAAAUUGCUGCCAAGAUUUUAAUUGGGGAAGACCAUGUGGAAGACUUGGAUAAAAGCAAAUUUAAAACAAAAAUUAGGAGGUUGUAUGACAUAGCGAAUGUUCUGAGUAGCCUGGAUCUUAUCAAGAAAGUACAUGUAACAGAGGAGAGAGGCCGAAAGCCAGCUUUUAAAUGGACAGGCCCAGAAAUCAGUCCAAAUCCCAGUGGUCCCAGUCCUGUCAUUCCUUUUGCCUCCUCAGAUUUGGAGGUGAAGCGGUCUUCCAAAGAAAACUGUGCCAAAAACCUCUUCUCUACACGUGGGAAACCAAAUUUUACUCGACACCCAUCACUUAUCAAGCUAGUAAAGAGUAUAGAAAGUGACCGGAGAAAGAUAAAUUCUGCCCCCAGUAGCCCCAUUAAGACCAAUAAAGCAGAGGGUUCUCAGAAUUCAGCACCUUUCCCAAGUAAAAUGGCUCAGCUGGCAGCAAUUUGCAAAAUGCAGUUAGAAGAGCAAUCAAGUGAACCCAGAAAGAAAGAGAAAGUGCAGCUGGCGAGAUCAGGGCGCUGCAAACCAGUGGCCCCACUGGACACCCCAGCAAGUGCAGAGCUGGAGCUGACAGCACCAUCUCUCAUCCAGCCCCUGGGGGUGGUCCCCCUGAUCCCCAGCCCACUGUCUUCAGCUGUGCCUGUGAUCCUACCUCAGGUCCCUACGGGCCCAUCCUAUGCCAUUUACCUGCAGCCCACCGAAGCCCAAACCAUGACGCCGCCCCAAGGCCUGAGCCCAACGGUCUGCUCCACCCCCUCUUCUAAAGCUACUGCAUCAAAAGAUUCCACAGAUGUCACCACCGAGAAAGUACCCAACGAUGCUGCAAAGUCAAGUGCCCCCACCAAACCUGGGAGCUUGCUGCCAGCACCAGACAGACAAGCUGCAAAGAACAGAGACAAGGAGCCUGUUGGAGAAAGAGGCUCAAAGAGAGCACACACGCUCGAGGACAGCGGUUCCAAAAAGAAAUUUAAAGAGGACGUGAAAGGACUUGAAAAUGUCUCCGCAACUUUGUUCCCAUCAGGAUACCUAAUCCCACUCACCCAGUGCUCAUCCCUGGGGGCAGAGUCCAUUUUGUCUAGUAAAGAAAACUCAGGUACACUUUCCCCAAACCACAAGAUCUACAGCUCCCCAAUCGCAGGUGUCAUUCCAGUGACAUCAUCUAAACUCACUGCUGUUAAUUUUCCCUCUUUUCAUGUAACACCUUUGAAGCUAAUGGUCUCACCAACUUCUGUGGCAGCCGUACCUGUCGGGAACAGCCCGGCUCUCGCUUCGAGCCACCCAGUUCCCGUCCAGAACCCAAGCUCAGCCAUUGUAAACUUCACCCUGCAACACUUGGGACUCAUCUCCCCCAGUGUGCAGGUAGCCUCCAGCCCUGGACCUGGGACCGUUCCUGUGUCUCCAAAAAUAGAGGCCGUUAAUGUCCCACCAGAAAGUGCAGGCACUCAGCAAGGAAGGACCACCAGCUAUGACUCACCAGUCCCAGGCCAGAACCAACCAAAUGGACAAUCUGUUGUUGUGACAGAGGCACAACAGCCUGUUCCAGUGACACCCAAAGGGUCACAAUUAGUGGCCGAAAGUUUCUUCCGUACCCCAGGUGGACCAACAAAGCCGAUGGGCUCAUCCUGCAUGGAUUUAGAUGGUGCCAACCAAACCUCAUUAGGAACUCUCUUUGUCCCACAGCGAAAACUAGAAGUCUCAACAGACGAUGUCCAUUAAUUGACAGAUGUUGGCUUCGCUUUUAAAGAGUUGUUUAAACAAAAGGGUGCACACAAACUGAUCUGAAGAACAUAUUCCCUGAAAAUAAUGUAAAUAUGUUGGUAGGUUUACUUAAUAACCAAGCUGAUACUUGUUUUCACAUUCACACACACACACACAUACAUACACGUAUAUAUUUGUAUAAAGCUUAGUUCAGCCUUCAAUCCUACAAAAUAAAAAUAUAUGUUGACCUAACACAUAUCAACUCUUAGGGAGAAAAAAAAUUCAUUAUUUCCACUGUGCCUGUACUAUUAUGCAAAGUAAGUAUAUUAAAAGUUUACUUGCCAUGGAGUAAGUACUUGUGACUUGCCUAGCAACACAGCAUUCUCUGAAACUUUGCACAAAGAAAACGCUGUGUGAUGUAUAAUGUUGUAUUUUUUAAAUAGGAGGGCUAUAGCUAUAUUUUUUGUAAUUUCUUUAAUCCGUUGUUGCAGUAUGUCUUUUUGUAAAGUUGGCAACAAUCCUCAAUCAAGUCUAUGGAAAAACUUAUUUAUAAAAUGUAUUUUUAAUCAGAAAUUGUUCAAAUUAAAACUUUUAUAAGAU